UUUGGCGGAAAAAGCGUCCUAGUGUAAUUGGCUCGGUAGUCGCUCUCAAGUUUGUUUCUAUUGCAACUUAUUCUGAAUCGGCUUUUCUCUCUUCUCUUUCGAUAACGUAUCAAUGUUCUAAUUUAACAAUUAAUGAUUAAUCUCAUAUCACUAUCGCUCUGGAGCAUUUAGAGAUUAUGUUAUUACUAUGAAAUCAUAAUCUCCCAAUCGAGUGUUGAUAACCAGGAAACAUGUUAUGGCUUUCUUUAAGUUGUAUAAAUUAGUAAGUUCUGUAUCGUGUAAUUUGACAGUUGCAAGUAACAAAUACUCAUUCAGCAAUCUAUAUAAGUCAACAAAAGUUCCUCGUACUGUAAGACGAUAUUCUUCGAAAGACGUCAUGAAAGUACUCAGUGUUGCUGAAAAACAUGAUGCUGCCAAAAAUAUUGCUGCCUUUUUAUCGCGUGGUACCAGCAGAAAGAGAGAAGGUUUAUCUGUCUAUAACAAAAUCUUUGAAUUUAAUGUGCAACUGUGGGGGCAAAAUUGUCAAAUGAUAAUGACAUCAGUGUCUGGUCAUUUGUUAGGCUUUGAAUUUACUGGGUCCUAUCGUAAAUGGCAAGGUUGCCAUCCCUUGAGCUUAUUUGAUGCUCCAGUCUUCAAACAAUGUUCUGAUGAAAGUUAUAUAAAGAUCAAGAAGACUCUGGAACGAGAAAUACGAUCCUGUAAUGCAUUAAUUAUUUGGACAGAUUGCGAUAGAGAAGGAGAGAACAUAGGCUUUGAAAUCAUACAAGUUUGUCAAGUAAUCAAGCCGAAUAUUCGCAUUUAUAGGGCGAAAUUCUCAGAAAUUACAAAACAGUCCAUUGAAAGAGCUUUACAAACCUUGGGAGAACCUGAUAAAGCAAUGAGUGAUGCUGUAGACGUAAGAAGCGAAUUAGAUUUAAGAAUUGGUGCAGCGUUCACCAGAUUUCAAACUUUGAGACUACAGAAAGUGUUUCCUGACACUCUUAGCAAUAUGCUCAUCAGUUAUGGGAGCUGUCAAUUCCCUACUCUUGGAUUUGUAGUUGAGAGGUUCCUAGCCAUUGAUCGAUUCAAGUCUGAGCCAUAUUGGAAGAUCAAAGUGAUCGACGAACACGAUGGAAUAUUCGUAGAAUUUAGAUGGGCCAGAGUGAGAUUGUUUGAGAAAAUGCCCUGCCAGAUAUUUCUGGACAUGUGUUUGGAACGACCGGAGGCUACAGUGGAGAAAGUAACGUGCAAGCCGAAGAGCAAAUGGCGACCCUUACCCUUGGAUACCAUUGAACUAGAAAAGCAAGGCUCGCGCAAGUUGCGUCUAAACGCAAAAGAAACGAUGAGAAUAGCAGAGAGAUUGUACACUCAGGGUCUCAUUAGUUAUCCGCGUACAGAGACCAAUAUAUUUCCGAAAGAAUUGAAUUUGGCUGCUUUAGUGGAACAGCAGGUGAAUAAUCAAGCGUGGGGCAACUUUGCGCGCGGUUUAUUAGAGUCUGGGAUAAUUCCCAGGCAAGGAAAGAAAAGCGACCAGGCACAUCCCCCUAUUCAUCCUACUAAAUAUACCGAUAACCUACAAGGAAACGAGGCGAAAGUAUACGAAUUCGUCGUUAGGCAUUUCUUGGCUUGUGUGUCAAAAAACGCGGAGGGACAAGAAACAACGGUAGAGAUCGAUAUAGCGGGAGAGAAGUUCACGACCAACGGUCUUGAAGUCUUGGCGAAGAAUUAUCUCGAUGUAUAUAUAUACGAAAAGUGGAACGACAAAGAGAUUCACUCUUAUCAGCCGAGACAGGUCUUCAGGCCUACUAGCAUAGACAUGGUGGAAGAGAAGACCUCACCGCCGAAUUUGUUAACUGAAGCCGAGCUGAUUGCGUUGAUGGACAAACAUGGUAUUGGUACAGACGCCACUCAUGCUGAACAUAUCGAUACGAUCAAAUCCCGGCAAUACGUAGGCCUGACGGACACUCAACACUUCAUGCCGGGCAAGUUAGGUAUCGGACUGGUGAUGGGUUACGACAAUAUGGGUUUCCAGAUGUCUAAGCCGAACUUGCGUGCCGAUUUAGAGAAAGAUUUGCAAUUAAUAUGCCAGCGUCAAAAAGAUCCAAACGAGGUAUUACAGAGCCAAAUUAACAAGUACCGCGAGGUGUUUAAAAUAGCGAUAGAGCGCGCUAAUCUCAUAGAUGAUGCCUUAGCACGCUACCUCGACGAAAGACCUAUUGAGAAUGGGGAAACGUUAUCGCGAUUCGUCGAAGACGUUAGUAUCUUCAAAUGUCCAAGAUGCGGCUCUAACAUGAUUUUGAAGAAUAGGAAGCAGGGCAGAGGAAAAUACAUCAGUUGUGCGGGUUAUCCAGCGUGUACUAAUGUAAUCUGGUUGUCGGAAGCUAUAGAAGACGUAGAAGUCUUGAGCGAGACGUGCAAUCAGUGUACAGAGAACAUUCGCAAGUUAAAGUUCAAGUUGGUCAGGAAUGUAGUGCCCUUAUAUGGUACUUCUUAUACUACUUGCAUAGGCUGUGACUCCACAUUUAAUGAGAUGUUGAACAUUAAGAAUGAUUGCAUCCGACAAACUGGAAGGUCGAAUCAUACCAUCCAAAAUAAUACAUCAAGCUCUGCAUCUCAAAGUUUUGCUACGACAAUCGGAUCUACUCAGCGACAUCAAUCGGCUCCCAACUCUAGCUUCUCCAACCCAAGACCUGGACCAAGUCAAACUAAUAAUAUUGGAAAUUCUAGUGUACCUAGAGGACGUGCGCGAAAUCACAAUUCCAAAUCAAACAGGCUAAUUACAGCGAAUAAAAACACGACGAUACCUAAUAACGGAGGAAACGCCGAUUUCUGGAUAAAUGAUGACUGGGAUAAUGCAAAUAGUCUGGAAAAUACAUCAAAUUGGACUGCGUCCGGAAGUUCUCACAGUACAGCCAAUAGGACCACAACGUGGGGUAAUAUAGACAAUAAUGCUGUGAUCAUGUGUAAUUGCCACGAAACUGCAAUCCAAUUGACAGUGAGAAAAGAAGGACCGAAUAUAGGACGCCUAUUUUACAAGUGUGCCAAGCCACAGGGUAGCGGCUGCCAUUUCUUCUUGUGGGCCUCCGACAGUGACGAGUCUCAAGCUAACACAAUGAGCGAACCUUCCAGUCGAUUAACCAGUGUGAAUAGAAAUGACAGAGAUGCGACAAGUACCGGUCACUCUUCUCGCGUCACCUUUGACAGCGGUUGGGGAAGUGAUGCAUCGUCGAACGAUGUCAUAUGCCAGUGCAAUCAACCUGCUCGGAAGCUUACAGUGCACAAAGAGGGUCCAAAUAAGGGACGACAAUUUUAUGGUUGUCCAAAGGGUAUAAAUAGCUCUUGUAAUUUCUUCCAAUGGGCAGACGAGAAUACGGAUCAAAGCAGUUUUUCUGCAAUGAGUGGAGGAAGCAGAGGACGUAGCAGAGGAGGAAGUAGAGACAGCCAUGCUUCUAAACGGCCUAGAUUAACUGGCAGCAAGAGAAAAUGUGGAAUUUGCGGAGUCGAAGGUCAUACAAGAACAACUUGUCCGGAAAAUGUAAUGGACUGAUGAAUCAAUUUUCCUCGAUACAGUGUUGUAAAUAAUGUACAGUUUCAUAGUGUGAUUGACUGUUACUUUGUAAAGAAGAAAAGUGAUAUCAAGAGGAAGCAACGCCCUUAUCUGUUAAAACUUGACUUGG